CCCGCGGAGAAGAGCCCGCCCCCAGAAGCGCGCCGCCGCCGGCCGUGGUGGCCGAGCCUCAGCCGAGCGGCCGUGGGCCUGGGCGGCGGGCGGAGACGCGGGCGCCCUCCCCGCUACGGCCCGCGUGAGAUUUUGGUCUUUCUGUAGAGCAGGCAUUUCCAUUGACCAUUAGCCUAGAGACGCUGCAGGAGGGUUAUUACCUUCAAGUGAAUUGAUCCUGAGCAGUGUUGAAGGAUGACCUAGUAACAACCCCACAGGAUCAUCGAGCUAAAGACUUGUUUCUUAUAUGUGAUGCCAUUCCAGCACUGGACUCAUGGAGGCUGAACAUUUAUUCAGAUAAGGGAAACCGAAACACCAAAUGAUUAAGUAACUUGCCCAAGAUCACAUAAAUGACAGAGCUGGAAAUCAAUUCUCUAAAAACUAUGUUGUACAGAAUACUGAAACUUCUUUACUCAAGACCCCAUAGUUAAAUUAUUUGUUAGGAUAAAAGGAACUGUCUGAAAGUAAGGGAUAUCACAAUGAAGAAAAAGGACAAGUCCUACCCUUUAUAGACCUUGCAUUUUUCCCUUUUAUUGAGGAAUUCAUAAAGGCUGCUGCAUUCUACUGAAGAAGAUGUCUAACAGUAAUACUACUCAAGAGACCCUGGAAAUAAUGAAAGAAUCAGAAAAAAAACUGGUGGAAGAAUCUGUAAACAAAAACAAGUUUAUAUCUAAGACUCCAAGUAAGGAAGAAAUUGAGAAAGAGUGUGAAGAUACCAGUGUACGCCAGGAGACACAGGAUUAUGAGUUCCUUUUUGACAAGAGGCGAACAUCUAACCAUGGUCAUGCCAGGAAAAGAGCCAAGUCUAACUCCAAGCUGAAGUUGGUGCGCAGCCUAGCUGUAUGUGAAGAAUCCUCUGUCCCAUUUGCAGAUGGGCCACUAGAAACCCAGGAUAUAAUUCAGUUGCACAUCAGCUGCCCCUCUGACAAAGAGGAAGAAAAAUCUACAAAAGAUGGCUCUGAAAAGGAAGACAAGGACAAAAAUAAAGAAAAGGUUCCAAGGAAAAUGCUAUCUAGAGACUCCAGCCAAGAAUACACUGACUCCACUGGAAUAGACCUCCAUGAAUUUCUUGUAAAUACACUGAAAAAGAAUCCAAGGGACAGAAUGAUGCUGCUAAAAUUAGAACAGGAGAUUCUGGAAUUUAUUAAUGACAACAAUAACCAGUUUAAGAAGUUUCCUCAGAUGACCUCCUAUCACCGGAUGCUAUUACACCGGGUAGCUGCCUAUUUUGGCAUGGACCACAAUGUUGAUCAAACUGGAAAAGCUGUCAUCAUCAACAAAACCAGUAACACAAGAAUCCCUGAACAGAGGUUCUCAGAACAUAUAAAAGAUGAGAAGAAUACAGAAUUUCAACAGAGAUUCAUUCUCAAGAGAGAUGAUGCCAGUAUGGACCGAGAUGAUAACCAGAUCAGAGUUCCAUUGCAGGAUGGAAGGAGGAGCAAGUCAAUAGAAGAGAGAGAGGAGGAAUAUCAAAGGGUCCGAGAGAGAAUAUUUGCCCGAGAGACUGGCCAGAACGGAUAUCUAAAUGACAUCAGACUCUCCAAAGAAGCCUUUUCUUCUAGCUCUCACAAGAGAAGGCAGAUUUUUAGGGGGAACCGUGAGGGGCUGAGCCGCACCUCAAGCAGCCGCCAAAGCAGCACAGACAGCGAACUCAAGUCCCUGGAGCCACGACCUUGGAGCAGCACGGACUCUGAUGGCUCUGUCCGUAGCAUGCGGCCUCCGGUCACAAAAGCCAGCAGCUUCAGUGGCAUCUCUAUCCUCACCCGGGGUGAUAGUAUCGGGAACAGUAAAGGUGGCAGUGCAGGAAGACUCUCCAGGCCAGGUAUGGUGCUAGGUGCCCCCGAAGUGUGUAACCAGGUCACCUCAUCCCAGUCUGUCCGGGGCCUUCUCCCUUGUACAGCUCAGCAGCAGCAGCAGCAGCAGCAGCAGCAACUUCCUGCUCUCCCACCCACACCUCAGCAACAGCCACCCUUGAAUAAUCACAUGAUCUCACAGCCAGUCCCAGCUCUGCAGCCCUCUCCGCAGCCUGUUCAGUUCUCUCCAAGUUCCUGUCCCCAAGUCCUUCUGCCAGUUUCUCCACCCCAGCAGUACAACAUGGCAGAUGACCUCAGCAACCCCUUUGGACAAAUGAGCCUUAGCCGCCAAGGUUCUACUGAAGCAGCAGACCCAUCUUCUGCUCUGUUUCAGCCCCCCCUUAUCUCCCAGCACCCUCAGCAGACUAGCUUCAUCAUGGCUUCUACAGGACAACCCCUCCCCACUUCCAACUAUUCCACCUCUAGCCAUGGACCACCUACUCAGCAAGUCCUGCCACCCCAGGGCUAUAUGCAGCCCCCUCAACAGAUCCAGGUUUCUUACUACCCCUCUGGACAGUAUCCUAACUCCAACCAGCAAUAUCGACCUCUCUCUCACCCGGUGGCCUACAGCCCCCAACGUGGUCAACAGCUGCCUCAGCCAUCCCAACAGCCUGGUUUACAGCCCAUGAUGCCUAACCAGCAGCAGGCAGCUUACCAAGGCAUGAUUGGGGUCCAGCAGCCACAGAACCAGGGCCUGCUCAGCAACCAGAGGAACAGCAUGGGGGGCCAGAUGCAAGGCCUUGUGGUUCAGUACACUCCACUGCCUUCUUACCAGGUCCCAGUGGGUAAUGACUCUCAAAAUGUGGUCCAGCCGCCUUUCCAGCAACCUAUGCUGGUCCCUGCGAGCCAGUCUGUGCAAGGGGGCCUCCCGGCAGGAGGUGUACCAGUGUACUACAGCAUGAUCCCUUCAGCUCAGCAGAACGGUACGAGCCCUUCUGUGGGGUUUCUGCAACCCCCUGGUUCUGAACAGUACCAGAUGCCUCAGUCUCCCUCUCCCUGCAGUCCACCACAGAUGCCACAGCAGUACUCAGGAGUGUCACCUUCUGGACCAGGUGUGGUGGUCAUGCAGCUGAAUGUUCCAAAUGGACCCCAACCCCCUCAGAACCCAUCCAUGGUCCAGUGGAGUCACUGUAAAUAUUAUAGCAUGGAUCAGCGGGGGCAGAAACCUGGAGAUAUGUACAAUCCUGACAAUAGCCCCCAGGCCAGCACACAGCUGAGCAACAGCCCCGUCACAUCUCCUACCCAGUCUCCAGCACCCUCUCCUGUCACCAGCCUCAGCAAUGUCUGCACAGGACUCAGUCCCCUUCCUGUCCUUACACAGUUCCCACGGCCUGGGGGUCCAGCACAGGGUGAUGGGCGCUACUCUCUCCUGGGCCAGCCAUUACAGUACAAUCUGUCCAUCUGUCCUCCCUUGCUCCAUGGCCAAUCAUCUUACACGGUGCACCAGGGACAGAGUGGAUUGAAGCAUGGAAACCGCAGCAAGAGACAAGCACUCAAAUCUGCCUCCACUGACCUGGGGACUACAGAUGUUGAGCAAGAAAAAGCUGGAGAAGUAAAGUAUCUGUCUUCCUCACCAAGUCAUCCCAGGUCCUGGAAAAAUGGUGUCCUGGGGCGGGUGCUGGAGGUGACAGAUCUCCCUGAGGGCAUCACCCGUACUGAGGCGGACAAACUCUUCACUCAGCUUGCCAUGUCCGGCGCCAAGAUCCAGUGGCUCAAGGAAGCUCAGGGGCUGCCUGGUGGGGGUGGGGGAGACAACGGUGGGACUGCUGAAAAUGGCCGCCACGCGGACCUCGCUGCCUUGUACACCAUCGUGGCUGUGUUCCCCAGCCCCCUGGCUGCCCAAAAUGCCUCCCUUCGCCUCAACAACUCCGUGAGUCGCUUCAAACUUCGAGUGGCCAAAAAGAACUAUGACCUGAGGAUCCUGGAGAGAGCCAGUUCCCAAUAAAUGGAGGAGAGGAAGGGACCAGCACAGCUGGGGUAGGGCAGUGUGGAGGGAGUCAAGGGAACCUUUGAGACCAUGGACAGAGGCAGAAAGUAAGGACAGACACUAAACUGGAGUCUAAGACAGAAAUGAAGAUGGAAACAGACACACUGCUACUGGACUCCUUACCUGCCAUGGGUCCCCUCUUUCUCCCCACUCUGCUUACCUCUCCUUCCCAUCCUCUACUAUCAUUUUUUAAAUCUCUUCCCCUAAUUACUUUCUUUCAUAUUUUUUGGUCAGGUAGAAUUGGGAGGACCCUCACACUCUCCUAUUCUCCUAUUUCCUUACCAUCCCAAUCUCUUUUUCUUUUUUGGUCUUUAUGAAUAUAUUUAUAUGGACAGAAUUAAGAAAAAAACAAAAUUGAUUUCCCCUUUCUCUCACUUCCUCCAUCUUGUCUCCCUAAGCCUCCCGGAGUUAAAACUUGGGCCUCCCCACCCCCAAACACUUGUAUAUUGUUUGUUUAAGGUUUGUGCCACAGUAACAGACACAGUAUUUAAUUGCUCAUAAAGAUGUUUGCUGGGUAUAUUUACUGUAAAUUUUAUUUAAUCUGAUUUUUUUUUUGUUUGUUUGGGGGUUACUGGGAGGGAGGUUGAUUUUUGUUUUUAAAUAUAAAAAAAAAUCUGUCACUGGA